AUGCAGACUUUUGUACCCAGAGAUGGGCCACAAAAUGAGACAACACCCAGUGAGGAUAUGGAAAAGGAACAUAGAAAAGGACAUAGAAAUGCAACAUUGCUGACAGAUUUGAUUCUCACAGGACUCACAUAUGAACCACAGUGGCAAAUCCCCCUGUUCCUGGUGUUCUUGGUUAUCUAUCUUCUCACCAUGGUGGGGAACCUUGGUCUAAUUGCUCUCAUAUGGAAUGACCCUCAGCUUCACAUCCCCAUGUACUUUUUCCUUGGGAGUUUGGCAUUUGUGGAUGCUUGGAUAUCAUCCACAGUAUCCCCCAAGAUGCUGGUCAAUUUCUUUGCCAAGUNCCAAAACCAAAAUGAUAUCUCUUUCGUUUCAGAAUGCAUGAUACAAUUUUUUUCCUUUGUAAUCAGUAUAACCACAGAAUGUUUUCUGCUGGCAACAAUGGCAUAUGAUCGCUAUGUGGCCAUAUGCAAACCAUUACUUUAUCCAGUCAUUAUGUCCAAUACACUCUGCAUCCGUCUGUUAGUUUUGUCACUUUUAGGUGGCCUUCUUCAUGCCAUAAUGCAUACUUCCUUUUUAUUCAGAUUAUCGUUCUGCAAUUCCAUCAUAGUACAUCACUUUUACUGUGACAUUAUACCAUUGCUUAAGAUUUCUUGUACUGACCCUUCUAUCAAUUAUCUGAUAGUGUUCAUUUUUGCUGGGUCAAUACAGAUGUUCACCAUUCUUACAGUUCUUGUCUCCUAUACACUAGUUCUCUUUACAAUCUUAAAAAAGAAGUCUCUACAAGGCAUAAGGAAAGCCUUUUCCACAUGUGGAGCCCAUCUCUUAUCUGUCUCUUUAUACUAUGGUGCUCUUGUCUUCAUGUAUGUGCGCCCCGUAUCUACACAAUCAGAAGAUCAAGAUAUGAUGGACUCUCUAUUUUACACUGUCAUAAUUCCUUUGUUAAAUCCAAUUAUCUACAGCUUGAGAAAUAAGAAAGUCAUAGAUUCAUUGAGAAAGAUAUUAAAGAGAAAUUCUUAG